GUGAAGUACUUGUUUGUGCUUGUUUCUAAUCUCUAAGUCUUCAAGCACGACAAGAGGCACGGCCAGCUUCCUAGUGUCUAUCCUACCGACUUCUCCAACAUGUUCAACCAACGUCAAGACGACAUGGAGAAGUCCCCCAGCCGCGAGGACAUGACAACCGACUCAGGCCAGACCCCCAUAAACACCAAUGGCGAGCAAAAAGAAUCCAAGCGAGCCAUACGAGGCAUCCGCUGGUUUCUCGUCUGCGUCUCCAUCUUCUCCGCGAACCUUCUCUACGGCCUGGACACGACAAUUGUAGCCGACAUCCAAGCUCCCAUCUCCGACACGUUCCAAAAUGUUGCUCAGCUCGGUUGGCUCGGCAUCGGCUUCACUCUGGGAUCCACCGUCUUCAUUCUCCCCCUCGGCAAAGCCUUUGGCACGUUCGAUAACAAAUGGGUCUUCAUCGCCUGCCUGAUGAAUUUCGCAGCCGCCAGCGCAUUAUGCGGAGCCGCCCCUAACAUGGAUGCCAUGAUCGUGGGACGAGUAUGGGCUGGUGCUGGGGGCGCGGGGAUGUAUCUGGGAACACUGAAUCUUUCCACGGUAUUGAGCCAGCCUAAAGAGCAGGGACUUUACGUUGGCGUUACCGGAUUCGUUUACGGUAGCGGAUGCAUUCUAGGACCAGUCGUCGGGGGUCUCUUAGCCGAUAGCGCAGCGACAUGGAGAUGGGCAUUCUAUCUGAACUUGGUCAUAUUCGCUGUGGCCUCCCCCAUCUAUUUCUUCCUCCUCCCGUCCGUCCCGCGCAAGCAAGAAAUGACCAUUUCCGAAAAAGUCAAAUCCAUGGACUGGCUCGGCAUCCUCCUCUGCGCCACCAUGUUCUCCUGCUUCACCGUGGCCUUCACAUUCGGCGGCAUCCUUUGGGACUGGAACCACGGCCGCACAAUCGCGCUCAUAGUCGUCUUCGCCGUCACCGCCGUCGCCUUCGCCGUAACCCAGUACCACUCCGUUCUCACCAACGAAGACAACCGCCUCUUCCCAUGCGAGUUCCUGCGAAACCCGCAACUGAUUCUUCUCUACGUCAUCAUGUCGUGCAGCGGAUCCGCCCUCUUCAUCUCCAUCUACUACAUCCCGCUAUACUACCUCUUCGUCGACGGAGACACCGGAACGGAAGCCGCAGUCCGACUGCUCCCGUAUAUCUGUUUCUACGUAGUCAGCGUACUCAUCUGCGGGGCAUUCAUGGCAAAAGUCGGAUACCACAUGAUGUGGUUCAUCUUCAGCGGCCUGGUUUUGACGGCGGGCGGCGCGGCAAUGUACACCGUACAGGCUCACACUUCCAACACGAAUAUCGCCGGCUACACGGUCCUUCUAGGCCUGGGCAUGACGUGCAGUCAGGCACCAUACGCAGUCGGCCAUCUCCUCGUUCCGGCGAAGAGGGAACCCGAACUUAUUCAGUACAUCAAUAUCUCCCAAGGAUCCAGCCAAUUGAUUGGUCUUGUGGUCGCUAGCGCUAUUUUCCAAGGUCUCGCCUUCAACGGCAUGAAAAAUGUGCUGGGCCCGGGGUACAUGGAUGAGGAGGUUCGGGGUGCAAUCGCCGGUGCGCGCAGUGCUGUGCUCGAACGUGUCACUCCAGAAGUCCAUGCCCAGGCCGUUGAUGUUAUCGUCGAUGCUAUCAGCAACAUUUGGCUUCUGGUUGUUGCUGCUGGUGUGCUUUGGACCGUUUGCUCGUUCUUCCUCACUCGUGCCCGAUUCUUGACGUCUAAGGGUGAGGAUUCGGGUGGAGCGGGCAUGGAGUCUGAGGGGUAG